CUGCACCACACACCACACACCACACUACCACGCUGAAUCAUCUCUUUUAUAGUCUUCAAACAAAUCUCAUUUUGUGAACGCCUUCUUUUAUAACCUCAGUUUCCAGUUCAGAUAUCAAAAUCUUCCCGAGAGUAAGCCCGAUGCGCCUCUCAAUACUUCCCGUUCUUGUUGCAGGGGCUGGUAUCGUCAGCCAAGUCAGUGCGGAGCCCCUCCGUGUCUUAGUUGGGCGCCCCUCAAAUGCCAAUGCAAACAUUCGCUUCGGUCAUGCCCUCGCCAACGCCAACGUGAAUGGCAAUGAUGAUUCUGACAACGUCGCCCGCUUGGUGCGUCCGAGCCUCGCAAUGACCACUUCCAACGAAGUCAAGGGCAAACAUCACUUCUGCGGCACGUCCCUGAAAGCGAAGGCACUUCGCAUGUCAAACGCAUUCCGUCAUGCUCUCGGCCUUCCUCUUAUCGAGAUGGGUGAUCAUGACUCAUUCAAGGGCGAAGUCGCCAGCAACCCCGGUCCUGUUUCUGGAGAACUUCACAUCCUCCCCAUUCCCUUGUUCGGACAACCUAUUGUACAAAGCGCCCCUACCAGUUCCUCUGAGAAGGAAAAUGCAGGCGAUGUCAAGGAGCUUCUUCCUGAUGGAUCCGUGGGACGGAUCUAUCGCCACCAUGAAGUUGAAUCUCACCACCAUAACCAUGACAUGGAGCACAAGAAAGCAGGAUCUUUCCUCAGGCGUGUUCACCGUGCCAUUAUGGCCCUCGGCCUAUGGGAGGGUCGCGCUGUUGCGUUCGUUCUUGGUUGCGGAAUCGGUGUUUUGCUUCGCAUGUUCUGGGUAAUGUCUGUCCUCGCGUAUCGCACUGUCAGAGGUGAGAGAUCGGAGGAGAUCAGCCACGGGUACAUCAUGUUCGAACAUGAUGCAGAGACCCACUUUGUGCCUCCUCCUGAAUACACCGACGAGAAGGUGAAGGUAGCCGAGGUCGAGGCUCAAGAGAUCGAGACUCGCGUGGAGUGAAUAACACCAAUUCUCUCCGCUUGAAACACCACCCACAUGCCUAUGAAUAUUUAUAUCUUGUCUGCGUUCUGUGACUACUACAUAUUUACACCCAGAUUCAUUUCUGUUUCUCUCUUCGCCUGAUGCAUAGCUGGUCGUUUGGUUUGGAAACGCCUCGUGUCUGUCUUUGACGGACUCUUACACUCCUUUGUCCCUCUGCACAUGUUGUAUUUUUGUUGCCAGGUGUUCGUAGUAACACAAUGGAUAUGUUGUGCCUGCUUA